ACACACGUAACACUCAAAAGAGUUGAUUAAUUGUUUCCGACGAUGAAGUUCCUAGUGCUAAUCUUUGCCGUGUUCGCGUGUUCUUCGGUGUUGUUGAGCUCCUCCGACGCUCUGGAGAUCGGCUACUACAACAAGGUCUGCCCGCUCGCGGAAGCGAUCGUCUCGGCCACCGUCUUUAAGCACUUCUUGCAAAACCGGACCGUCCCAGCGGCGCUCAUCCGGCUGCAUUUCCACGAUUGUUUUGUGAGGGGGUGUGAUGGAUCGUUGUUGCUGGACGUUACACCCGGUGGCCAAGUUGUGGAGAAGGAAGCCCUCCCCAACAAAGGCUCCGUCCGAGGAUUCGAGAUCAUCGACGAAGCCAAGGACGCCAUCACCGCCGUGUGUGGAAACGUUGUGUCGUGCGCAGAUGUCCUCGCCCUCUCGGCUCGGGACUCUUUCUUCCUGACUAGUGGGCUCUAUUAUCAAUUACCCACGGGGAGAUUCGAUGGAAGAACGUCGCUGGCGUCGGAGGCUAUCCCAAACCUCCCGGCAUUUACCCUCACUGCGGCGGAGCUCAAGGCUAACUUUGCUAGAAAGAAACUCAACACAAACGAUCUCAUCGUCCUCUCAGGAGGACACACUCUCGGACGAGCAACCUGUGCGGCAUUCACCCACAGGCUCUACAAUUUCCAGAACACGAGCCGCCCGGAUCCAACUCUCAGCCAGGACUACUUGAGGAUCUUGCGUGGGAUUUGUCCCCAGUCCGGGAAUCCCAGCCCGCGGGUCCAGCUCGACAAAGGCACCGAGUUUAUCUUUGACAAUAGCUACUACGCGGAAAUUGUCAAAAACAAUGGGCUGCUCCAGACGGAUCAAGAGCUCCUGUUUGAUCAGGAGACCAGCGCGACUAUCCGUAGCUUUGCCAAGGAUAAUCUCAGCUUCUUGAAGCAAUUCUCUCAGUCCAUGAUCAACAUGGGGGCGAUCGAGGUUAAAACUGCAAAGGAUGGAGAGAUCCGGAGGAAGUGUAAUGUUCCAAACAGUGGGCGCAUAUCGAGCCAUGCAACUGAGUAAAAAAAUAAGUAAGAAGAAUAAAGAGAAGAAAACAAGUCAAACUUUUUAAGUAUUGGCAUUUGUACCUUUAUUUGACAUUAUUUACAACCUUUUUUAAAAAAAGAAA